AUGCAGGGAGAGCUUCAAAGUGCAACGACAACGGUGACAGUGUCCGUGAAGAACGAAGACGACGACCCGUUCGUGUUCCAGUACUCGUUCUACAGUGUCAGCCUGAAACCCGGCCAGGCGCCGGGGAAACUGGACGUAAAUCCGGCCUCGGUGAACGCGACUUCGAGGGACCCGGGCGAACCGCGUUAUCGACUCGAGCCCCAGAACGUUCCCAGCGCCUCGGACUAUUUCUCGCUCGAUCUCGGCACCGGCGAGCUGAGUCUGACGAAGGAGCUCGACGGCUCCGUCGACGAGAGCGUCCUCUUCCUGGUCAAGGUCAGUCUCUUUCAAGGUCCGUCUGUGGCGGAGGGAAAGUGGCAUAAGGCGCUUUGGUUCCAGGGGGGGGAGGGGACCAGGGAGGGCGUGGCGUCUCUCGUCGUGUAUCUGCCGGAUGAGAAGCCGACGGAGGACGUCGAGUUCGAGUUCGAGUCCUACUCGUUCGACGUGGGGCCGGUCUCCGCCGGCGGCGAGGUUGCCCGGAUCAACGUCACCUGCGGCGGAUGCGAUUAUCAAGUCAGCAUUCAAGGACCCGACAAGGACAUAUUUGCCUUCGAUAAGGGCACCGGGACGCUGAGCGCGAGGGAGGAUCUGCUGGCGGAGGAGGCCUAUACCGUCGAGCUCAGGGCCGACACGAUCGACGAUGUCGACAUCGCGAGGGUGGAGGUGCGAGUCACGAGCGACGGAGGCAGUGGCGGAGGAGGCAGCGGGGAGGAGGCCAGCGGCGAGGGAGGCAGCAACGUGGCGGCCAUCGUCCUCGGCGUCCUCCUCGGGAUCCUCAUCCUCGGCGGAGGCGGAGGUUUCCUCUAUUUCAGGAAAAAGAAGAAGGCGGUGGAGAAACCAUUCAGUCAAGUGCAGGAUUCCCUGCGGAACAUGAAAGGUGCGAACGCGAUGGAGAAAGGAUCCGUCGCCGAGAGUCGGGAAGACUCCAUUCACUCUAACGAAGGGUUCACCGGGGACGAGACGGCCUCGGAGCAGGAAGGAUCCGACGAUACUUCGGAGAAGGAGGUGAAGGUCGCGACGCUCUACCCGAGCAUCGGGGAGGCGAAGUUCGAGGAGGUCCCCCUCGAGACCGUCGAGGAGUCCGUC